GGCCGUUUUGGACGUACGUAGUGGUGAAUCUGAGUGAUCCACGGGGGUGGGAAUGUGACAAAACGUCCACCUCUAACUUAUCGUAGUCAAAUUUAAAGUGCGCCUACAACAAGGAUUAAUCACACCGCCAGUAAAAACGUCUGCCACGAUGAUCACGUCCAACACAACAUGCCCAAACACUUCCGGAACAUCCGCUCUGUCCACCACCUCAACCGCCGCCAGUACAUCUGCAAGUGGGACCGUUUUUAGUGGACCAAAUGGAAGCUCCAAAACCACAUCUGCCGUUGCGACGUCCCUUGCAAAUGUCACCGUAGGAAGCAGCGCAGCAAUCAGUGCCGCCAGCAACACAUCAGGUAACACCGCCACCGCUGCAAAUGCCACAGCAGCAUCGCGUAAUAUUAGUACUGCACAACAGGUUAGUUAUUUAUUCGAAAAAAUUAAAGAGUUGGAACACCAGUUACGGGACACUCAAGCGCAGUUAAAUGAUAGCAACAACAAACGGCAAGCUUUAGAAGAACGGUUCAUUUCUAAUGAGUCGUCGACAGCGCAGUCGACGUCGAGCGGCGCUAGCAGUAGGGUUAAUAGCGGUGCUUUGCAACUGCCGCUCGAUGUCACCGACAAUUCUAUAAGGUCAGCGAGUGCAAAUGUACAUCCGUUUAUAAUGCCACCACCCGUUACCUUUCCUGCUGACGUCAAUAACUUUCAAGCAGCCACAAUAACAAAUGCACAAGUGAACCAAUCGCUAGGUAUGCCUAUUAAUUAUGCCGUGCCGCGAAAAAUUCAGGAUUUACCAGAAUUUAGUGGGCUACCUGAAGACUGGCCGCUGUUUUAUAAUGCUUUUACUAAUUCAACGGCCGCGUAUGGUUACAGCAAUUUGGAGAAUAACCAACGUCUCCUAAAAAGCCUAAAAGGCGAAGCUAGGGAAAUUGUUAAAUCACUCCUUAUUCAUCCAGAAAACGUACACGCUGCAAUAGAACAGCUAAAGUUUCGUUUUGGUAGACCCGAAUUGUUGAUUCGAAGUCAGUUACGUCAGGUUAAAGAUAUUUCACUCAUUUCAGAAUCCGCGAUUGAAAAACUCAUUCCAUUUGCAACGAAAACCAAAAAUUUAGCUACAUUUUUACAAUCCGUUAACGGAGAACACCAUCUGGCGAAUCCUACGCUGCUUGAAGAGUUAGUAGGCAAACUCCCUACAAGCAAGAAGAUGGAAUGGGCUAGAUACGCUGCUACUGUAACACCAUACCCGACAGUUGUAGACUUUAGCAACUGGUUAAGCGGUGUCGCGAAUUUGGUAUGCACUGUUCAUGAUACAGAGGCCCGUCGACGAGUCGUACUGUAUGCAAACGACAAUAAAGACUACGGGCGACAGAACCACGGAGUCGGGAGGAAUAGCUACAACAAGUGUCCACUUUGUAUGGGGGAGCAUAAAAUUAGUACAUGCAAAAGAUUUCUACAGUACAACGUUGAUGAGAGAUGGGAGUAUGUCAAGCGUAACCGUUUAUGUUUCUCGUGUUUGCGAAGUGGUCACUCGUCCCGGGAAUGCCGUAGUAAAGCGUCGUGUAUGAUAGACGGUUGCCAUCGUAAGCACAACAAGCUAUUGCAUGAAUCUAACAAGAAUGUCAGUAGACCUACAUCAGAGCGCUACGAGCAGCAACAAAACACAACUACUGGAAGAGAAGAGCCAAUGCAAAACAGAAGUCAGGCUAACGGUGCCGUCCUGAGUUGUGCCGCUACACCACGCAAUGAAUAUAAACUUUUGUUUCGCGUCUUACCCGUAGUACUGUAUGGGUCUGGACGACGUGUGAAUACAUACGCUAUGCUGGACGAGGGCUCAUCCGUGACAAUGAUUGACAGUAGCUUGAUAGCAGAGUUGGGAGUUAAAGGUCAUCAGCACAUGUUAAGCUUGCAGUGGUAUGGAGGAAAGACGGCACAACAACCAGCUACUGUAGUUAACCUUCAGAUUAGCGGAACUGGAUCGAGCAAACGUUUUAACCUGCGUCACGUGUACGCGGUGCCAGAUCUGGAUUUGCCUAUGCAGAGUUUAAAUAAUCAUGAUUUACGAGGAGCCUCCGAAUAUUUGCGCAAAGUACCCAAUACGUUUUCAAAUGUAAAGCCAAAACUACUUAUUGGCUUGGAUCACUGCCACCUAGGGCUGCCGACAGAAACCAUGCAGUUUGUAAAGAAUGGGCCAUAUGCAGCUAACACGGAGCUCGGUUGGGUGAUAUUCGGAUCUACGAACACUAAUAAAACGGUACGGGCGACGUGCUUGCAUAUGAACGAGGUGAGUGAUCAAAAUUUACAUGACAUGGUAAAGAGAUACUUUGAAAUCGAGAACUUUGGAGUGCGGCCGGCACCAGUGGUGAGAAGUGGCGCUGAUGUACGCGCAGAGAAUAUUUUAAAGUCCACUACUGUACGUAUAGACGGAAGAUACCAAACCGGUUUGCUGUGGCACAAGGACGACAUCCAGCUGCCAGACAGUUUCCAAAUGGCCGAACAACGACUCAGAGGAAUUGAACGAAAGAUGAGUAAGAAUAGUGACUUUGCCAUAGCAUAUAAAUCGACAAUUCAAAGCUACAUUGCCAAAAAUUACGCGGUAAAACUGAAUCCCCUUGAUUUCAAUAAAACUGGCCCAAGGGUUUGGUAUCUUCCACACUUCGCAGUCGAAAAUCCUAACAAGCCUGGUAAACUCCGCCUAGUGUUCGAUGCUGCUGCAACCGUAGACGGAAUAUCCUUAAACUCCUGUUUGCUUAAGGGUCCUCAAGGCUACCAACCAAUGCCAACGGUACUGUACAAUUUUCGGAUCGGAGCUAUUGGUGUUUGUGGUGAUAUUGCGGAAAUGUAUCACCAGAUCAAGAUACAACCGGAAGAUAGGUGCGCGCAAAGGUUUCUUUGGAGGGACGACUCCAGACACGCGCCAGACGUGUACGAAAUGCAAGUUAUGAUAUUCGGAGCCGCAUGCUCGCCUUGUGCCGCGCAAUAUGUGAAGACCUUAAACGCUUUUGAGUACGACAAGAAAUUUCCACGCGCUGUCGAGGCCAUCAUAAAGCAUCAUUAUGUCGAUGACUUUGUGGACAGUUUCGAAUCCUGUAAGGAGGCCAUAACCAUUACCGAACAAGUACGUAGGAUACACAAAGCGGCGGGUUUUUACAUGCGAAAGAUUGUUUCCAAUUCUGCAGCCGUAUUUAAGACAUUUGCCAGUGCAACAGAUG